CUGAAUGACAACGUGACACCAUCUUGGAAUUGUGAAGAAAAUUUUGCAGAGGCUGGGAAAAAGUGUUCUUCUGAGGAUUUCUGAAAAGUCUAGUAGAUUGUGAAGGCAUUAGGAUGCACGUGAACAAUCCUGAGGCGCUCAAGAGUUGGUUGACUGGUGUACUGGAGCCACUAUGUGAUGCUGAUCCGUCCGCCCUGGCGCGCUACGUCUUGGCGCUGCUGAAGAAGGACAAGCCCAUCCGGGAGCUGACACAGUGCAUGUUGGAACAGCUGGACGUGUUCCUCGGUGCUGAGACGAAGCCAUUCUUAGACAAGCUAGUCGCCGUGAUCAAAUCGGAAGAGUAUGUGAAGGCACAAACCCCAGGAGCGACGGCUGCUCCCGCGAUCCCGACACCGCAAGCUCUGCCCGCGCCGCCCACAGCCAUGGACCCGGGGAAGGCGGUCAAAGGCGCCCGAGAGUGCACCCCACCACUGGAUAAUAAGGCCAAAGAGAUUGGAGAGAUAACGAGCGAGAGUGAUAUAUCUCCAGUACAAAUUUCAUCUGUAUCUGACGGAAAUAUGUCGACACCAUCGGGAGUGAGCGAGCUGAAGUUUGUGCCAUCGGCGGAGGUUGUGGCCGCGAAGGAGGCUGUGCCGCCGCCUCUGGCCAACAAAGACUCCCGCCGCCGACGUGCCUCCAUGCGAUCGCGCUCCAGGUCGCGCUCGCGCUCCUUCGAGCGCAACAGGAAGUCGCGAUCGCGCGAUCGGCGUCUGGCGGAGAGGGAGAAGGGCGGCCGGCAGUAUCGGAAGUCUCCCAUGGCGCGCCGCUACGAUCGCAGAGAGAGAUCCCCGAAGCCGUACGGGCGCCUGCGCAAUCGCAGCCACUCGCAGUCGCGGAGUCGGUCGCCGACGCCCAGGAAGAUGUCCCGAUCGAUGUCGCCCAACGCCUCGGCCGACGUGGAGAUGCGCGGCGUGAGUGCCGGAGGGAAGCGCCAGCGAUGCCGUGACUUCGACGAGAAGGGCUACUGUAUGCGCGGCGAGACGUGUCCCUGGGAUCACGGCGUGGAUCCCGUGGUGCUGGAGGACAUCAACAAUCCCCUGAUCAUUGCUCAGUCGACCGGCUCUCACAUGCGCGGCGUGAGCAGCGAGUACAAUCCCGAUGCGCCGGACAUGUGGACACGAGGCGGUGGAUAUAUGGGGCCCCGAUCGGGCGGUGGGCCCCAUCGCGGCGGCCCCGCCGGCGGUGGAACAUAUCCCCGAAUUCCAGGAGCCAACUUCCGCCCGGGCGCCGGCUUUGCAUUCCCCCUGAACCCAUCGGUGACGACUCCACUGCAGCGAGAGCUGAUCUCCGUACCUGUUGUCGACGCCAAUGGGCCCGGUGGCGACAUAUCGGCGCAGGUGAAGCGCCGCUUCGAGCCCGAGGACACCGUGGCCAUUGCCGAGGGUCCGGCCAAGAGGAAGCCCAUCGGCAGUCGGCUGGGACCGCGCAUGGGUGGCGGCAUGUCGGGCGGCGGUGGCGGCGGCGGACCGAAGACCAACUGCUCCCUGGAGAUCCGGAAAGUGCCAAGGGGUCUGAACUCCAUUGCCCACUUGAACAAUCACUUCUCGAAGUUCGGCAAGAUCGUCAACAUCCAGAUAUCCUACGAUGGCGACCCCGAGGCGGCCAUCGUGACCUUCUCGGAGCACUUUGAGGCCAACGUGGCGUACAGGAGCACCGAGGCGGUGCUCAACAAUCGCUUCAUCAAGGUGUUCUGGCACGUGCCGGGCAACAACAGUGGUCCGGAUCAGCAUGGCAAGGAGGAGCAGCAGCACAUGCUGCAAGGUCAGCGCAAGCCAUUCCCGCCCAAUCAGUAUCAGGUUAACAAUCUGCCCGCCAAUCCGGUGCCCGCCGCGGAUCCUAGUCAGAAUGCUGUGCCCACGGGCUUGCCCAUGGCCUCGACGUCGGCGGGCGUGAACACGGUGACAACGGUGACGGCGCAGACGGCGGGUGUGGUGACGAGUGCGGCGAAUGCGGUCGCCACGGCGGCUCAGCUGCGUCUCAAGACGAAUCGCCUCACGCGCAACACGGUGGAGUUGAUGCGCAAGAAGCAGGAAGAGAAAGUGAAGGCGGCUGUGCAGCUGGCGCAUGGUUUGCACAAGAGAAAGCACGAAUUGCUGCAAGAGUUGCUGAAGCAGAUGCGCCUGGCGUUGGAUGUGCUGGACCGCGCGGACAGCAAUGAUCCGCAGCGGCCGCGCAUGAUGGAGUCUGUGAAGGAUAUGCAGGACAAGAUUGAGAAGUUGCGCGAGGAGAUUGCGGCAGAGCAGGCCAAGAUUGCCAGUCAGACGCAAAAUGUGCCGCCGGGCAGGAAGUCGAAGGAGCAGCAGCAGAAGGAAUUGCUGGAUGUGGAGCUGGAGUUGAUUACGCAGCAGCAAGAGGGUCAGGAUACCACGGCCAUUCAGAAGAAGUUGCUUGAGAUGCAGAGGACGUAUCGUGUGGCGCCGAUAAGGACACACUUUCCUGUCAGAGCGCCACGCGUGAGACCCGCUCCGCCUGGAUCAACCAGUGUUGAUCGACGUCCGACCACAUUGUACAUCACGGGCUUCCAGGCUGAAGACAGCGAUGCUAUUCUGGGGCAUUUCAAGCACUUUGGUGAGAUCACAAAGAAUGAAUUGGACGUGAGUAUCCCUCUGCUGACAAUCUCCUUCGCCACUCGUCUGCAUGCCGAACAGGCCAUGACGCGCGGUCGUGUGUUCAAGGAAAAGCAACUGCAGGUGAGCUGGUCGCCGAAGAAGGUGGAGUUGGACGUGCAGAAGGUGGACGCAAUUGCGGUGAAUGCCGAUGCCAUCGAGACAUCUGACUUGGAGACUGUGGAGCUGAGGAUUGAGGAUGCGGAGUCGGAGGAGGACGCCGAAUCGGAGGAUCGUUCGUGGCGUCGUUGAUGUGUUUUCUGAAUUUGCUUGGAGCUUUCAAAAAGAUUAAUCUUUAAGAAUCACAUAAGCUGAUGAAUGGUAAUUAUGUACAUUUUUAACUAGGUUUCUAAGAAAUUUUCCUUGAAGAAUUUUUUUUUCAUAGAGUUGUAAUUUAAAAAUUUCUCUUGCGUUAUAUUGUAUAACUUCUCAAUACUUACGGAUUAUCAUUUUGCUUUACUUUGUGUUUCAUUUGCAAUUAAUUUAAAAAGAAAAACAAAAUGAAAUUAUAUAUGUCCACUUUGUAAAUGAAAAUUCAUUUGUGAUUUUCAUACAAAAAAUAUAUUUUUAAGUUUUUUUUUCUCUCUCAUUGUUCAAAAGUAAUUUUAUGAACGCUGUUUUUUCGAAAAAAAAGAAAUACUACAGAAAACUGUAUGAUUUAUAUUAAACAACAACAACAAAAAAAAUUUUUGAAUAACAUUUUUCUAAGAAAAUAUGAAAAGAAAAAUGAAAAAUAUCCUAUUAAAAUAUAGUAAAAAAAUGAAGAAAGAAGAAAAAAGAUGAAA